UCAUUGUCGCAGUGCAGGUCUGACGACUCUCAGCCGAAACUUCUCUCACACUCUGUGUAGUAGGGUCUCGUUUCGCUUUUGAUUUUCUUUUUGACUUAAAAUAAACAGUUCAGACCACGAUCUCUUUUUCUCCGAAAGUUCACGUUUUGAUCUUUGAUUUUCGUCUCCUAUAAAAGGGAUUUUGUUUUUGUUAUAUUGUAUUAUGGUUUCAGUUAAAUCCUGCUGGAUCACUGCCAUUGUUUCUGCGGUUAAUCUAUUCCAAUAACUUGAUAUCCCCCAAGGAUCAGGCUACAAUGCGUGCACCAUCACUGCUUGCACAAUGCUUGCCGGGGCUGGUACCCCAGGACCGAGCAAGUCACAGCAUAUCCACAAUUUCUGAGAGAGAUGUGCAUCUCCCCACACCAGCUGUCGAGAUUCUCCCAUCAAAGAUGGCUCACCCUUAUAAGUAUGCUGGGGAAAAUGUAGACUUGCAAGGAGUCAAUGUGUUCAAGGGAAGAGUUAGUGUUGCUGAUAUGAUUGGCUUUGCUGGUUCAGAAAUGAUAUCUUUAAAACCUGAUGGAUAUCUGAAAUCUUGGGACAGCUCAAUUGAUCUUGUGAAUGUCCUUAAGCAUGAAAUUCGUGAUGGACAACUGAGCUUCAGAGGCAAAAGGGUACUUGAGCUGAGUUGUGGAUAUGGGCUUCCAGGGAUUUUUGCUUGCCUAAAGGGAGCUUCUAUGGUGCACUUUCAAGACCUCAAUGCAGAAACCAUAAGAUGCACAACUAUCCCUAAUGUCCUAGCCAAUCUUGAACAGGCUCGUGAUCGGCAAAGCCGACAGCUAGAGAGCCCUCUGACUCCAUCAAGGCAAACUCUUGCCCCAAUGGUGCAUUUUUAUGCUGGGGACUGGGAAGAACUCCCCACAGUUCUCUCCGUCGUGAGGAAUGAUGGACUUGAAGUGCCAACAGGUAUGAGCCUGAGCUUCUCCGAAGAAGAUUUCAUGGAUGGGUGUAGUAGUCAAGAUGGUAGCAUAAUAGGGCAUGAGUCAUCCUCAAGGAGAUCAAGGAAGCUCUCAGGAAGCCGGGCAUGGGAGAGGGCAAGUGAAACAGACCAAGGAGAAGGUGGAUAUGAUGUUAUUUUGAUGACGGAGAUCCCAUACUCACUGACUUCUUUGAAGAAGCUCUAUGCACUCAUAAAGAAGUGCUUGAGGCCUCCCUAUGGAGUGUUAUUUUUGGCCACAAAAAAGAAUUAUGUUGGCUUCAAUUGCGCAGCAAGGCAACUGAGGAGUCUGGUGGAUGAAGAAGGUAUUUUUGGAGCCCAUUUAGUCAAAGAGAUGACUGAUAGAGAGAUCUGGAAGUUCUUUAUCAAAUGAACAUAAAACUCACUGAAACACCAAGUAAUAUUUUGCGAAUUUAGGUUUUAUUUGUUCAACAUAGUGCUAGUUGUACAAUAUGUUCCGUUACUACUUUUUAGUUGUAAUAAUGAGUCCAUUGAAAAGAAAAGUGGGUGAUCUUCAAAUUUUGUUGUCAUGCUUUUCUUUUCCUCGCCUUUGUAAUCAAGUCAUGCCUUGUGUAAAUUUUUCAUUUUAUUUCUCCAGAAUCUUCCUUACACUGUAAAUGCAAAGAUUUAGUGGAUUUGAAAUUUAUUUUUGUGUA